AUGAAGUUCCUUGCUGCUCUCACCCUCGCCCUCUCGGCCACCGCUGGUGCCUUUGCCCAGCAGACCAACGCUACUGCCUUCGCUGAGGGCCUUCUUAGCGCUCUCCGAGCCAACAACCUCUCGGCGCUCGCUGAUGCCGUUGGCAAUAACUCGCAGCAGCUCCUCGGUGCUCUCCAGGGCGGCAACAAGACCGUUCUUGCUCCUUCCAACCAGGCUAUUCAGGCUCUUGGCGAUGUUGACAGCGACACGCUCGUUGCUACCAUUGCCUACCAUGUCCUCAACGGGUCCAUCUCCAACAACCAGCUCGGAACCAACAACAAGACCAUCGCUGCAUCGGCCCUCAACUCGUCCGAGUACGUCGAGCUGCCCGGCAACCGCAGCCAGGUCGUCGUGCUCUCCAAGCAGGCUGGAAACAACACUGCCUACGUCCAGCUGGCCUCUGGUAACGUCUCGUUCGCUCUGACCCAGGACGGCCCGCAGUACGAGAACAUCCGCGUCCAGCCCAUCACCCAGGUGCUCACCGUCCCCGGAGAGACCAGCGAGAUUGCCACCCAGCUCGGUGCCUCGCAGCUCGCCGAGCUUCUCCAAGGCGCCAACCUGGUCGAGGCGCUUGACGACUCGAUCGUCACCGUCUUUGCUCCCUCCAACGAGGCGAUCCAGCAGGUCGCCUCGACUGUCCAGAGCGCCACCGAGGAGCAGCGCACCGCUGUGCUGCUCAACCACGUGCUCAACGGCACCGUCGUCUACUCGACCAGCCUCGCCAACACGCCCAAUGCCAUCUCGGCCGCCGGAAACCAGCUGACCUUUGUCGCCAACUCCACCGGUGCUUUCGUCACUUCGGGCAACGUCACUGCUAGGAUCGUCCAGAGCGACUACGUCGCCAAGAACGGUGUCGUCCACGUCAUCGACCGUGUCCUGCUCAACACCACCCAGAACACCCAGGCGGCCGCUUCGGCUUUCAGCUCGGCCACGGCUGCCGCUGCUACCCAGACCGCUGCUCCUGGUGUCGGCUCUGGUUCUGGUUCUGGAUCUGGUAGCGGCUCCGGUUCGGGCUCGGGUGGCGCUGGAAACGGCGCCAACGCUCUCAAGAUCAGCUCGGGUGCUGCUGCCGUUGCUGCCCUCCUUGGUUCGGGCAUGUGGCUCCUUGCCUAA